UUUACGUUCUAACGUGGCGGAGUGGCAAGAUGGCUGCUACAGCGGCUUGGAUGCAUGGCCCCUCAAAUAUGCGAUUAACCGAGGGUCUGGUGUCCGUUCUGAAAGAGCAUCGGCCCGAAUAUUUACCUGCACUUUUAGCAAAUUACCGGGAGCAUGGCGUUGUUUCAACCCAGAGUUCUGGAGCAGUUGGUGGUCUCGUUGGACUCAGCAACGCCAAACUCGGCAACAGUAAAACCAGAUUUGAGGGCCUGUGUCUUCUCUCCGUGCUUGUGAAAGACAGCUCUAGCGAUGUGUUCCAACAACACUGUCUUUCGUGGCUGCGGUCUUUACAACAGGUCAUACAAUCCCAGGCCCCUCUCCCGUCCAUCCAGCUAGCGGUGGGCGUCCUUCAGGACCUGCUGCAGUAUUCAUCCCAGCUACCUGAGCUAGCCAGGGAGGUCGGCUUGAACUCUAUCCUGGGGAUUCUCACCUCGCUGCUAGGCCUCAAAUCUGAGUGUCAUCUAGCUGCCAUGGAGGGGAUGACUGCCUGCAUGAUAUUUUACCCUCGUGCCUGUGGCUCCUUGAGGGACAAACUUGGUGCCUAUUUCCUAUCCAAAAUGGACAGUGCCAACCCUAAAGUACAAGAGUUAGCAUGUGAGUGUUACGGUCGUCUGCCCUGUCUUGGUGGAGUAUUGGAGAGAGGAGGAGGCGGACGAAGAGCAGAAGGAUGGACCAAUCAGCUUCACUGUCUGCUAGCCUCGGCCAAUGGCCUGCUGGCACAGCUUUACCAGGGCUCUGAAUCAGAAGGGACAGUGCAGUACGAAGGGCCAGGGGUGGAGCUGCCCUACCCUCCACUGGAUGAUACGGACCCCCUGCUCCUGCUCCAGCUACGACACCGAUACCGAGCUGUCUGUCUGGCUCUUAAACACACGCUCUGCAUUGACCCGGCGUCUGCAGUCCGUCUACCGUUACAGCAAGUGCUUAACCUAGUGUGCCGCGCCCUGGCUGUCAGCUCCAAGAGUAUCAACGUGACGGGGGACGGGUGUGUAAAGCUGCUGGUGUUGCCCGCCGUUCACAAGGACACCCUGGAGGUGCUGCAUGCACUCAUCACAGCUGUUGGCAGCGGGUUGGUUCAGUACUCCAGUGUGUUGCAGCGACUGUUCUCCCAAACACUCUCUGCCUGGACCCCGCAACCUGAAACCAGCCUGGGACAGCAGAGAGCAUUCAGUGCAGUGCGAGUGUCCGUGUACCGUACCUUAGAACUCUGGGUCAGAGUGGCAGGAGCCUCUGCCAGUAUUCUGCAGGGAAGCCCCACCCACUCAGAACUCCUAUUUGCCCACCUGCUGGGUGACAUCAUGCCAGGGGCGGACUCUGUCAGGCUUCGCACUGGCCAGUCGGCUGUCGCAGAUCUGGUUUCCAGCAAGCCCUGCCCCAAAAGCCGGAAGCCCGGGUUGGCUAUGAGCGACGGCGGCGGGGCCUCGCUCCAGAGGAAAGGAGACUCGCUGGCAAAUCAGGACACCUGUCUAUCUGCACUCAGAGCACUUAGACAGAUCAUACUAACCAGUGGAUCUCUACUGAAGGAAGACAUUCACAAGCGUCUUCACGACGUCGUCCUCCCGCUCUGCGUGCGUCUGCAGCAGCAACAUGGUGCCAGCGGGUGCGACGGCGUGACCGGGGCGGGGGCCGGCGGAGUUAGCGGCCAGUACGGGAGCCCCCAGCCUCGAAGGGAGUUGUACAGUCUGCUGCUCGCCCUUGUCCUGGCGCCCCCACCCCGAUGGCCUCCACCACUCACCUGCACCGUGUCAGUAUUGAGCCACGGACGGAGGGAUAGAAGCCUCAAGGUUUCUUCUUUCUGUGCAGAGGCCCUGACAAUAUGCAACUCCCUCCUCCACCCGCGCACCCCCUCCCUCUCUCUCCCUCUGCCGCCUCUCACUCUCAAACCCACCCCUGCCGCCCCCCUCCUCAACCAGUCCCAGACUUCUGGCCCUACCCUCCCCACCCUCCUGGGGGGACCCACCCCCGGAUCCUCCUUUCCUGGCCGUCACCACCUGGGCAUGGGUGCGGCUUCCCUCCUAGGGUCCCUGGACAACCACCUCCCCCUGGUUCCCCCAGGGCUCUCUGGCCACUGCUCUACCCCCGGAGACCUGCUCCCUUCCCCCCAUCACGGCGAACUGCCCGGACUGGGGCUCCAGGAGGGCAAGAGACCUGUCUUCAUCCGUUACGACAAAGAGGAGUCCGAGGACGUGGAGAUCUCGCUAGACAGCGACUCUGACGAUAGCGUGGUCAUCGUGCCGCGGGGGAUGCUGGCGUUAGAUAGCCAAGACGGCACCACCGCCGUGGUCACACCCCCUGGGUCUUCUUUACCACAAGGGGGUGCCACCCUCCCCAUGCCCAUUCCAGGAGGCGACCCGGGUGGAGACAUCUCUCUGCCCCUCCCCAAUGACCUCCCAUCCACCUCCCUUCCUCACCCUCUCCUCCCCUCCUCCACCACAAACUCCACAAUCAAUUCAUUUCCCCCAGCCCCAUUAGUGUCUCUGGUGCCACCCAUCAACUCCAUUGGCGUGACCCAGCUCGGUGCACCCUCGACUGGGUUGGGAGUUGGCACUGACUCCCUUCCUGGAGCCCAGCUCCAGCAGAUGUUGCUCCAGGGCCAGCCUCCAGCACAAGGCCAACCCACACCGCUGGGUCUCCCCAUACAGAUGCAGCAGCUCCAGAACCAGCUAGCCCAGUCCAGCAGAGCUCUACAGCAGGCCAGCGAAGAGGAUCCCGCUGUCAUCAACAUCAACAGCUCCGAUGAGGAGGAGGAAGAGGAUGAAGAGAUGGAGGAUGAAGACGAACUGGGAGAGGAAGAGGAAGACGAGGAAGGGAUGGAGGACGAAGAGGAGGAGGAAGGGAGCGACUUCCCCGACGAUGAGGACGAGGAGUUUUACGAUGGGGAAGACUUUGAUUACGAGGAGGGGGAGGAGAUGGAAGACGAGGAGGAGGAAGAGGAGGGGGAAAUUCGGCCGUCGGACAGGGAUGGGAGGAGACGGAUGGCCGCGGCAGGGAGAGAGGAAGGGGAGGUGCUCCGGGGGUCUGCGGAGGAAGUGGGGAUGGGGGGUUUCCGGGUGGAGAGAGAGGGCGAUGGAGGGAUAGAGGAGCUGGACACAGACAGACGAGCGUUCGGGGAGGAGGGGAUAAAGGCACAGGAAGUGGAGAGCAUCGGGGUGCUAGAGGAAGACCGGGAGGAGGAGGAGGAGGAGGAUGACGGUGAAGGAAUGAAUGACCCCACAAUGCCCCAGAUUCUCUGCGUUACCGGCGGAGCCCUGGAGGAGGCGGAGGAGCUCUGCGAUGAAGCGGUGGGUGGUGACGGGCCAGAAGUCAGGGGGCAGGAGCAGGCUGGAGCCAUUCGGCUGGAGGGACCGCCCCAUUCCGAAGAAGGGGCUGCCCCACUGCACUCGCUGGAGGCGGAGCCUGUCCUGGAAGUGGGCAGUGGCGCGCAGCCACCCAAUCAGGAGGGAGAGACAUCCAAACAGGGCGGCGAAAAUGAAAUUAGACAGGAAACCGGGUCGGUUGUGGCUCUGGGCGAGACAGAGGGGGGGGCUUCUGAAGGGGAGAAAGGAGGUGAAGAGGGAGGGAAAGGAGAGGGAGAUGAAGAGGAGGAUGGGAAGGGAAUUAAGAGGAAGAGGGAAGGAGAGGAAGAAGGAAUGGGACAUGGUACAGAAAAGAAGAAGCUGGAUGAAGAAGCAAUGGCGUCCAUGUUAGCGGACUUUGUCGCGUGCCCUCCGGACGACGAGGAGAACGGGCCUUCUGCCUCCAGCGGCCCGUCCUAAACAAGGCCCGAUGACCUUUGAUCCCCAAAAACAAUCUGAACGUUUCAGUUUGUAUCCCUUGUGCGUUCCCUAAUUACCUACCUACGGCUUAGACAUUGUUGGGAGGAGAAAACAACACUGGUGGUCUUCUUUGGCCUCUAAUCUGUCUUUCAACCAAUCAGAUCAAUAACAAAUAAUCAGGCAAACGAUCUAAAUUGGAAUGCCAGUGAAAACGCAGCCUACCAACCUCUGUAUAACUUGUUAGUUUCAACUACAAAUGACUUCCACACUCUUUUAGAUGUUGGAAAUUGAUCUUUCACAAAGACUUCGGUUUGUCUAGUGCAUUAGUAAUACCCCCUCUCUGGACGUCUUUGGACCAUUAGAUUAGUUUACAUUUACCAUAAAGAUUUAUUUGGUCAAGUGAUUGAUUGAAAUACUUUUCAGCUCGUCAGUUCUUGGGUGUGGUAGGCUGCGGUUAUUGAUUGUAGUAAGCUAGAAAUAGUGUAGUGUUGGUCACCUAACAACCAUGUUAUUUUGUUUUGGGUCAUUAUAUGCGGUAUUUCCAAUGUAUUUUUUUGUGUUCUUCCAUCUUUUGUUAUAAAAGAAAUAAACGUGAAAGACAAACGUGGAA